AUGUCCACCGAUUCUGUUGUCAAGGCUUCUAACUGGAGAUUAGUUGAAGUUGGUCGUGUCGUUUUGAUCAAGAAGGGUCAAUUCGCUGGCAAAUUGGCUUCCGUUGUUGAAAUCAUUAGCCAAAAGAAGGUUUUAAUCGAUGGUCCAGAAACCGGUGUCCCACGUCAAGCUAUUAACUUGGGUCAAGUUGUCCUAACUCCAUUAACCUUUGCUUUGCCAAGAGGUUCCAGAACUUCUACUGUCUCUAAGAAAUGGUUAGCUGCUGGUGUUACUGAAAAAUGGAACGCUACCUCUUGGGCUAAGAAGAUUGCUCAACGUGAAAGACGUGCUGCUUUGUCUGAUUUCGAAAGAUUCCAAGUUAUGGUCUUGAGAAAGCAAAAGAGAUUUGUUGUCAAGAAGGCUUUAGCUAAGGCUUAA